AUGGCUGAGAAGCAGCAAUCAGCAUAUCCGGCCAACGGCUACGUAAGGAGCGGCGACACAGAGGCGGCCGCCGCUCACGACGCCAUGAGAGAGCAGCGCAAGAAGAAACGCAACAAAUGCAUCCUCUACGUCCUCCUCUUCAUUGUCUUCCAAACCGCAAUCAUCACUGUUUUCGCCUUAACAAUUAUGAAAGUCCGAACGCCCAGAUUCCGCAUCCGCGGCGCCGCCAUCACCGAUUUCAACGCCGGCACUGCGGCGAGCCCGUCGCUGCGGGCCACCAUAACUCCCGAAUUCACGGUGAAGAAUGCCAACUUCGGGCGCUACAAAUACAGGAGCACCACCGUCGAAUUCUUCUACAGAGGGACCAGAGUUGGGCAGAUUUCAGUCCCGAACUCGAAAGCCGGGUGGAGAUCGACCAAGAGAUUCAUUCACUCCGCCGUCGAGUUGAAUCUCAGCGGCAGCCCUCAGCUCGCCGAGGAUUUGAGAGCGGGAGUGGUGCCGAUCACGAGCACGGCGAGGAUGGGAGGGAAAGUGGAGCUCAUCUUCAUCAUGAAGAAGAACAAAGCUACCAAUAUGAAUUGCACAAUGGAAAUCGUCACUGCCUCACCGCACACCUUUAGGAACAUCGCCUGCAAAUGA